AUGACAUUCAUUCAAGUGAAAUGGAGUUGGAUAAUCAGGUCCCCAAUCAACAAUAUCAAAAUCCCCAAAGACGAAAAUGGUAUUCCAUUUUUAUCGAUAACAUUUUAUGCACGACUGUUAUCAAGAAUAGAGUGCACAUUACUAAUGGGUUCCGAAGCAGAAAGACUUCAUUAUAAUUAUGAUUUCACUGGUCCCUACACCGAAACAAUCUAUUUACCAAAAAAGCAUUAUGAUCCAAAAAAAAUCACAUCAACACUAUCUGGUGAUAUAAUGAUAUAUAAUAUACCAUUUGCUAACUCAGCCCCAUUGGAUACAAACCCGCUUUCUAUCUCUUUAAGAAAAAGUCCAAAAAAAACGAAAGAAGUGUCAGAAAGUGAAAAAUCGGAGAGUGAAGAAUUUUUUGAUUCAGAAAAAGAAGGUAGUAAAGCAAGUGCUAGCCAAACUUUGAAAAAAAUUAAGUUUCAGAGUACUUUUAAUGAGCUUGUCGUUUUUGGAGAUCAAAGCCCGGCGGAUAUCGAAAUCUGCCAAAUUUAUUUUCAAAACAUGCAGACCAAAAAAAAAUAA